UUAAUUUUUUCUCCAUUCUCAAAUCAGAACUUGCAAUGCUUUCUUAACUCCGGUUUUUACUCUUAAUGAAGCUGAUUGGUGGUCCAAUUAUGGGUCAAGUGCACCAAAUCUCAGGGUAUUGGCGAUGCGGAUUUUGAGUUUGACAUGCAACUCCUCGGCUUGUGAGAGGAAUUUCAGUGUUUUUCAGCAGAUUCACACAAAAAGACGCAAUAGGCUACUUCAUGACAAAAUGAGAGACCUUGUGUUCAUCAAGUUCAACUCCAAACUAAAGCAAAAGAGAGGGAUGGAAAACAGGGACCCAAUUGAGGACCACACAUUUGUAGAUGUUGUAGAAGAUGAAGGUAAUGAGUGGAUCACUGGUGUUGUGCCUAUUGAAGGAGUGCAAACAGGAGCUGAACCUGAAGAUGUACAAGUUGUAGAACCAACAUCAGAAGGAGAAGUUGCUCCAUCAAAAAGAAAGAUAGUGUCUCAAUCUCGUCCUAGGAUGAACAAGAAGUUGCUUCCUAUUUAUCGUGAUGAUGAGUUGCAAUCAGCCGAGUCUUCUUCUGAAUUGUAAGAUGAUGACAUGCAUUUACCAGCGAGUGAUUCUGAAUAAUCUCAUUGUACUAUGUUGUAAUGUUGUUGCCUUCGGUGGUUGUUGAUGUAGACUAUCUUAAAUGUCUAUGUGUUAUUUUGUGUUGCAUUGUUGCUGCCCCGGUGGCUGUUGAUGUUAGAGACUCUUAAAACUAUGGGUGUUGAAGAGACUUACCUUAAAACUGUAGUUGUUGAUGUUAAAGGCUAUGGUUGUUGUUGCCCAGGGUUGCUGUUGAUGUUUGUUGAUGUUAGAGACUUUUAAAAUUGUAGUUGUUGAUAUU